UGUCCCUCCAUAUCUAAUACUACUCCAGUCUACUCCGGUUAGCGAGGUGUGCCGCUUCGCCCUGAGAGUUUUGCGUCCGAUAAAACAAAUACAGUCUUUCAAUUACAAUUAACUAUGGCACAGGGUACGAGAUUUUGCCAUCUGCUGAGAUGCAACGCCAGUGGGGCUUCGGUUGCUUCGGCGAGGCUCAACUCGUGGUGGUCCCACGUCGAGAUGGGCCCGCCUGACGCGAUUCUCGGGGUGACCGAGGCGUUCAAGAAGGACCAGAAUCCAAAGAAAAUCAACCUCGGCGUUGGAGCUUACAGAGACGACAACGGAAAACCCUUUGUACUGCCAAGUGUCCAGACUGCAGAGAAAAAUCUACACAGCAAGGGACUGGACAAGGAGUACUCGCCGAUCUCGGGUAACCCGGAGUUCUGCAAACACGCCAUCAACCUGGCACUAGGUGACGGUAAUAACGUUGUGUCUAACGGUCUCAAUUCCACUGUACAAGGUAUUUCCGGUACGGGAUCGUUGACGAUCGGUGCCAACUUCUUGUCCCACUUUUUCCCGGGCCACAAGGAAAUAUACUUGCCAACGCCGUCUUGGGGCAACCACACCCCGUUAUUCAAACUCGCCGGUCUGACAGUCAAGUCGUACCGAUACUACGAUCCGAAGACCUGUGGCCUCGACUUCCAGGGUUUACUCGACGAUGUGUCCAAAAUCCCAGAAAAGUCGAUCGUCCUGCUGCACGCCUGCGCCCACAAUCCUACGGGCGUCGAUCCCAAGCCGGAGCAGUGGGUCGAGCUGUCGGCGCUUAUCAAGAAGCAGAAACUCUUCCCGUUCUUCGAUAUGGCUUAUCAAGGCUUUGCAUCUGGUGACGUAAUGAAAGACUCUCUAGCUGUAAGAUUAUUUAUCGACGAAGGCCACCACGUUGCACUCGCCCAAUCCUUUGCCAAGAACAUGGGCUUGUAUGGCGAGCGCGUAGGAGCUUUCACACUGGUCAACGCCAGCAAAGAAGAAGCUGCCAAAACGCUUUCUCAGAUCAAGAUCCUCAUCAGGCCGAUGUAUUCGAACCCACCGAUUCAUGGUGCUCGUAUCGUUAGUGAAAUCUUGGGCAACGCGGAGCUGAAAAAACAGUGGCUGAUCGACGUCAAGGGGAUGGCUGACCGAAUCAUCUCCGUGCGUACUAAGCUCAAGGAUCAUCUCAAGAAGAAUGGUAGCACUCGCGACUGGUCUCACAUCACCGACCAAAUUGGCAUGUUUUGCUUUACUGGUCUAAAAGCUCCCGAGGUGGAAAGGCUAACCAAGGAGUUUAGCAUAUACCUGACCAAAGAUGGUAGAAUUUCGAUGGCUGGUGUCACAUCGAACAAUGUGGAGUAUCUGGCCCAUGGUAUUCACGAGGUUACCAAGUAAUUCGUCUCGAUAACUCCAAGUUUUCCAUCCUGAAACAAACAACUUCUCUACUUCUGUGCACUAUCGUACCAAAAAAAAACCCAGCACCUACCCAAACUAAUAUGUAACUUGUCGCUCAAAUGUGAGCCGAUAGGUAUAUUGUAUUUUAUGAUUUUAAGUGAAAAUACGAGUGUGUAUCGGGGGAAAGAAAGAAAAACAGUGCAUUUACUCUAUAAGCAUGUUAUUUUUGUAAAAAGUCACUGCUGGCGGUGUUGAUGGAUACGAGUUCUCCUACCAAUCAAUUCAACACUUAAUAUACACAUACACACUUGCAAUUCAGCUGCAUUCCUUUUAAAGUUUUCUCAAAAUUUUAUAGAAAUAUUUACUGUUGUUGAUAAAGGUAAAAAAAUAUACAUAUACACAAAUAAAUAC